GUCGAAUGAGUAUGCCGUAAUGCAUUCUGAUGUCUUAGUUAUACGAUCAGUUACAUUACGGCAACCAUGAAUAUAAGACCUUGUGAAACAUCGCAGUAUUCCUUGAGCCAUUCCUUUUGUGAUUAUGCCCUGAGUGAUCCAGUUCUAAUAAUCAUUACUCUAGCAGCUGUAGUUGGAUCGUUUUGCUUACUCAGCGGAUUAAUCCUACUUUGCGCCGUGUCCAAAACCUUACACGAUCAAACUUCAGAGGCUAUUCUCCUUCUUGGUAUUGGAUUUUUUAUCUACACAAUUGCGUUCGUCACAUGGAAAAUAACGAAUGCCCGUAGAAUCGCUCAUGUGAUUCAGGCUCUCAAUAAGGAAAUUGCAACGAGCCAAGUGUGAAUAUUCCUAGUAUUCAAUUAUUAAUAUUUUGAAUGCAUGAGUAUGUAUUUAUGUUUGUAGGUAUGUAUGUAUAUACAAAUGUAGGACUGAGUUGAUGGAAUAGUGAUACAUAGAUGCACAAGUCCAUAGGUACGUUAUUUAUAAACACAUUUAUGAUUAAGUUGAGGAGCAGAUGGAAAAGUUAAAUAUGCGACUGCAACCCAACAAAUAUUAUUAUAAAUGGAUAUUAAAUGAAGCGAGUAUAAUUGAGGCGCUUAUUUUUAAAGUGGCAUUAGUCACAUUUUCAAAAAAAUCUAGUUAAUGAUAACACCAAUUAGAAUUUAACGGUAUCUGUUAAUUAAAAAAAUGCAUUGAAACGUUAAGAACUACUGAGGUUUUGUUCGAGAGAAGUUUUACUAAUCAGCGGUAUACCGAAAAUGAUUAUUUUGAAAGGAAGUCACUCAAAAAAAUCAAGUUAAUGAUAACAUGGAUUACACCGAGCAAAAAUCAGUUUUGCACAAAAAAAAAUUCUCCUAAAACUAGGAGCCAAAUAUAGUAAAACAGUGUUUUUAGUUUCCCUAGCAUCAGGAUUUUUUUAAGGACUUUGAAAUUUCAAAAAUUUUAUUAGUUCCAAAUUAUUUAAAAAUUUCAGUGUUAUAUAAAAUAAUAAUAUGGGUACCAAAUAAAAGACAAAAUUCUUUAAAAUUGAAAAAUAUUAAAUUUUUAGUAUUAGGUAUUGAAAACGUCCUUUUAAAAUUUUGUCCCUAAGUAUCGUUGCAAAUUUGCAAUAUCUAUUUAUUUUUGAAAAACUUAUAGGUUCAGGACUAAUAUAUACAGGACCAUAUCCUCGAUUUUCAUUCUUCUAAAAAAUAAAAACAAAAAAAAAAUUUUAUAUUUUU